AUGCUUCGUCCCCAACCCUGCUUCCAGGACUUUCUUCCUGUCUUGGUUGAGCUAUGUACCUUCCUCAGUAUCUUGUUUCUUUUCCAAUUGGCAUUAUUCACUUCCGUCUACCUGGAUAGGCGCUUUCUCCUUGCAUUGUCAACCAGAUAUCAGUUUUACACGCCCACAGCCACGCCCGUCAUGCCGCCAGCUAAGAGCAUGACGGCCAACCCGGUCAAGGCACCGCGCUACCGCGCCGGCAAGCCCACCGGCGUCGACUCCGAAUCCGAAUCCGACAACGUUCCCGAAGACGAGGAGGAAGCCCCCAAGAAGCCUCCCACGCGGAAAGCGCCAGCGCCCAAGUUUGCCAAUGCAGCAGGUCCUGGCCGAAUCAUCAGCCGUGGCAACGAUGGCAAGAUCAACUUGAAAGCCGCCGGUAUAGGCAGCAACGCCCAAGACAACAGGGAAGAAGAGAAGAAGCGACGGGAGGCAGCAGCGAAGGCGCGCAUUGCGGCCGAACAGAAAGCAAGAGAGGAAGGGUUUGUGACAGAGGAGGAAGACGAAGAGGAAGAGGAAAGUGGCAGCGAGGAAGAAGAGUCGGAAGAGGAAGAGAGCUCAGAAGAAGAGGAAGCACCAAGGCGGUUGAUGCUGCGACCAAAGUUCAUUCGAAAGGCCGACCGCGAAGCUGGAGUAACUGCAUCCAACUCCGCCUCGACAAACAAGAAAUCGACACCCGAAGAAGACGAAGCAGCUGCCGAAGAAGCCCGCCGCCGCGCCGCCGACGAGCUUGUCGAAGAGCAAAUCAAGAAAGACCUUGCCGCCCGCGCCGCUGGCAAGAAGCACUGGGACGACGACACCGACCCAGAAGACGAUCAAAUCGACGACACGGAUGACAUUGACCCCGAAGCCGAAUACGCUGCCUGGAAGCUGCGCGAGCUGAAGCGCGUGCGGCGCGAGCGCGAGGCCAUCGAAGCCAAGGAGAAGGAACUCGCAGAGAUCGAGCGCCGACGGAACCUCACGGAAGAAGAACGUCGUGCCGAAGAUGAGAAACACCUGCAGCAGCAGAAGGAAGAGAAAGAGGGCAAAGGCAAGAUGGCAUACAUGCAAAAGUACUUUCACAAAGGUGCUUUCUACCAGGAUGAGAGCAAGGAGAUGGGACUGGACAAGCGCGACAUUAUGGGCGCGAGGUUUGCGGACGAUGUUAAGAACCGGGAGCUGUUGCCCAAGGCGUUGCAGCUGAGAGAUAUGACCAAGCUGGGAAGAAAGGGCGCCACCAAGUACAGAGACCUCAAGAGUGAAGAUACGGGACAGUGGGGUCGCCUGCAUGACAAUAGGCCAGGGAGGGAGUUUGACAGGUUUGGAGAUGAAAGGUUCCAGCCUGAUGACUCUCAUAGGGAUCGGUACAGGGAUAGGGGUGGUGAUGGGCCGAAGGGCUCGAAUGCCAUUCCGCUGGGUGAUCGGAAGAGCGCCCCGGAGAGGUCAAGGGGUGAUGACAGGCCGCGUGGUGAGGAUCGGUAUAGGGGAGGCGAUAGAGAUCGCAACCGUGAUAGAGACCGUUCUCGGGACCGUUACCGUGACAGGGACGGAGACAGGGACCGUCACCGGGAUCGGGAUCGGGACCGUGACAGACGUCGGGAUGAUGAUUACAGGGAGAGGCGCCGGUCGCCGUCUCCAAGACGUGAUCGUGAUCGCGACCAUGGCGAGCGGAGGAAACGGUCACCAUCCAGAGAGCGGGACUGGUAUGAGAGCGACAAGCGAAGAAAGGUGGAUACUAGGUAG